AUGGACACCAUCAAACACCAGAAGAUGGGCACUAAAGGUAACAAAAAAUCCAAGUCCAGAAAGACCAUCAGCCACUUCACAGAUGUGCACGGUCUGCCUUGCAUUGAGAAGAUUGUGACUUCAGUGCAGGAAACUCCUGAGCCCAUCAGCACCCACAUAACGGGCUCAAUCCCAAACUGGAUCAAGGGGAACUUCCUGAGGAAUGGGCCGGGGAAGUUUGAGAUCGGUAACCAGAGGUUUAAUCACUGGUUCGAUGGGAUGGCUCUCCUGCACCAGUUCAAAAUAUCUGAUGGUCAGGUGACUUAUAAAAGUCGCUUCCUAUCAAGCGACAGUUACCAAUCCAACAAGGAGCACAAUCGUAUUAUGGUGUCUGAGUUUGGGACCAUCACUAUGCCAGACCCUUGCAAGAACUUCUUUCAGCGUUUUCUGUCUAGAUUUGAGUUACCGAAGGCCUCGGACAAUGCCAACGUCAGUUUUGUCAACUACAAGGGCGAUUACUACGUCAGCACAGAGACCAACAUCAUGCACAAGGUGGAUCCAGAGAACCUGGAGACAAAACAGAAGGUGGACUGGACCAACUUUAUUGCUGUGAAUGGAGCGACUGCACACCCUCACACUGAGCCUGAUGGAACCACGUACAACAUGGGGAACUCCUACACUCCUAAAGGAGCAUACUACAAAAUCAUCCGAGUGCCCCCAAGCAAGAAAGAAGAGGAUGAAACCCUGGAGGGAGCCACAGUGCUGUGCUCGAUAGCUUCAGGGGACAAGACCAAACCCUCCUACUACCACAGCUUUGCGAUGUCUGAGAACUACGUGGUGUUCAUCGAGCAGCCAAUCAAGAUGGACCUGCUGAAAAUUGCGACAGGCAAGCUGACAGGCAAAAGCAUCAGUGACGGCUUCUCCUGGGACCCAAAACUCAACACCAUCUUCCACCUCGUUCACAAACACACUGGACAGCUGAGCCCCAUCAAGUAUCUGGCCAAGCCGCUGUCGACCUUCCACCAGAUCAACGCUUACGAGGAGGGAGGCUUCUUGACCAUAGACAUGUGCGCUUCAGAUGACGGUCAGGCAAUCUCCAACUACAACAUCCAGAACCUGCGCAAGUCUGGAGAAGCUCUUGAUGAGGUGUAUAACACCUUGUGUAGAACCUUCCCCCGGCGUUUCGUGCUGCCUCUCAACAUCGAGCAGGCUACGCCGUACAACAUGGACCUGAACGAGCUCCCAGACAGCACCGCCACCUGUGUCAGAACCGGCAAGAACAAGGUGUUCUGCACCCAUGAGGAUCUCCAUGAGGAGGAUCUCCAUCGCUAUGGUGGUCUGGAGUUCCCCCAGAUCAACUAUGGCAGGUACAACACCCAUCACUACCGUUACUUCUACAGCUGUGGCUUCAGACACCUGGUAGGAGACACCCUGAUCAAGAUGGACAUCCAGGGAAAACAGAUGAAGGUGUGGGAACAUCCUGGUCUGUAUCCCUCCGAGCCGGUCUUUGUACCCUCCCCCGAUGGAGCAGAGGAGGACGAUGGGGUUGUGCUGUCCGUGGUCGUCACUCCAAACAAGGACAAGAGUACGUUCCUCCUGGUUUUGGAUGCAAAGACGUUUGAGGAGCUGGGCCGGGCCGAGGUUCCGGUCAACAUCCCAUACGGCUUCCACGGAGCGUUCAGCGCCAUCGCUUAGACGUGUGGACGCAGCAAGACAUGUGCGGUCACGUGGGGUCGCUGUGACUGUAAAUAUCUGCUGUUGUCUCAUGAUAAA